UCUAUGAAAUAAAAAAGUAUUGAAACAUCCGCGCAAAAUGUCAAUACUUGUUUUGUAAUUUGUUGAACAUCGCUAUUUUGGCAAAUUUACCUUGAAAUACACAAAGUUUCAAAGUAACAGCUGGAUAUUGGAUAGCUGUUUUUACCCGUUUUACGGAUUUUAAGGCUGCAGCCGGUGUCCUACUGAAAAUGCAGCGAAAACCCGGUUACCCAGUAGCCAAUUGCAACAUAAAAAUGCCAGACAGUGUGCCACUCUCAGAGGCAGUGCCCUGUGAUGAUGACACAGACCAGCAGCAGCGGAGGCAGCAGCUCAUCAACUUUGGACACGCACAGUGGGGCUUCAACAACUGGAGCUGGACUGUCAACAAACAGGAUCUGGAUUUUGUGGACUUCGCAAAUGGGAAAUACUGCUGCGGUGUGGCCGCGUUCGUAUGCGUAUCAGUCAAGUCGUUCGACAUACGCAGAGAAAACGUCGGCUACGCUACCUGCACCGCGCAUCUAAAAGGCUCAGCCAUACAUCAGGCUAGGAAGUGCGCAGUAACAAACGCCCUACGCGAGACGCUGCUCAGCUUCGGCGGCAGCGUCGCCACCGAGCUCAUGGAGAUGCUGGAGGCGACGCGCACGGAGCCCCUGCCCGCGCCCGCGGCGCCGCCGCUGCCGCUGCAGCCCGAGCCGCAGCCCGAGAACAACCAGAACCUCGCCAACAAGGACCCGAAGAACUCCCCGCUGCCUAAAAACAUCCCGAGGAAAGAUGUCGAAGCCAACCCGGUUAAUAUGAGGCAUCCUCUCCCGCCCGCGAUCAAGAAUGUAGUCCAAAACCCCCCGCCGCCCGUCGCUAAGGCGCUCCCGAUGCCGGCCAGCCUGCCGCCCGCCGCCAACAGGCCUCCAGUGCCCGUGGCUCCUCGCCCCCCGGCGCCGCGCCCCAACUCUAACGUAAGUUUCGUCCUGCAGCCCGUGGUGGGCGGGGUGGUGCCGCCGCUGUACGCGCCGCAGCCCCGGAUGCCGCACGUCUCCCCUCCGCACAUCUACCCCAACUACUACGAGUACGGCCCGUGGCAUUUCACUUACGAGAGCUACGACCGCCACCACGGUAACGUCAACUUAAAUUUCAAUAUCCCGCCGAAGAAUUUGGUGGUCAACGGCCGGUCGGGGUCGGUCGAGUGUAAGAACGCCUGCGGGGUCCGCCCGAACGGCCCGGAGGGCGAACCUCUUCAGUACCAUCCGCCGCAGAACCAGGGUUGCUGGAUUAAGCCGACUAUUUUCUAUGACGGCUUCUGGACGGAGCAGAAAGUUAAAAAGUGGGUAGCGGAGCAGGUUGAAAAACAGUUUCCGGAGGAUGCAUCGCAGAAGUCCACUUCGCCCAGUAAUAGUGGUCAGCCGGACCCUAAGUCUUAACGGCUGAAACUUUAUGAAAGAUAUCUCUUAAGUAUAUUUCGUAUUAACCAGUUUUGAAGUUGAAAAUUAUCUUGGUGUCUAUGGGAAGCACACACUGUACUGCAAAUACAUAUUUUACUGUUCAAAUGACUCACGUGUAAUGAUGUAAUGAAUUUUGUCAUAUAGCAAUAAAAUAUUUGUGGUGUUUAGCUCGGGAGUGUGUGCUUUGCCAUGAAUUUAAACUCUUAGAGCGAUAAAACAGGGACUUUUGAACAUGACAUCAUGUUAUUAUAACAGACACCGUUAUAUAAAACUAGGGAGGGGGUUAAAUUCAAUCCAUGAUGGUUUACAAAAACAACUUGAACUACUUAAUUUUUUUUUAGUUUUACUCAGAAACCAAACAGAAAUUUAUUGAAUAAUGUUGUGUUGAAAUAUACAAUUUUACAUAUUUAAUGUAAGUUGGCAACAUUGGCAAGAGCCAAAGAGAAUUUGGAAUAGAGGUCAAAGAAUUUUUUUUAGCCACAGUAAAUUUACUGCCAUCUUUAGACACAUUAUUAAAACUUUAGAACGCCAUUUGACUUUGAUCCUUAUUCUUUCACUAGUAAGUGUUAAAUUUGUUAAAUAUCAUAAAGUAGCGCCAUCUUACCGGGCAUAGGCCAAAGUUUUUACAGGUUUACACAUCAUACUUUGACAAUCCACCUCUAUUUCAAAUUCUCUUUGCAAGGGCUUAACAAAUGACCUAUUAUUUCUCCUUUCGGCGAAUGUUGCCAGCUUAGAUAUUUAAAAUUGUAACAAGCCACAGAAAACCAUUUUAUAAACGCCUUUAAUUUCCCCCAGAAAUAGAGCUUAGUUAAUAACAAAAAAAAAAAUAAUAAUUA